AUGACGGGACGAACACUUGAAACCGACGCAGCGUUACGGCCGGAUUCCCAAGAAGGCGCGUCUGGGUCGGAGCAGCUCUACGGGGCCGAUGUGUUGAUAGGUUUCUCUCCGUUUCCCCAGCGAACUUGCGGGGAGGCUAGGCCUCUGGGCACCGGCACUGUAGGAAAAGGAGACACCCAGCACGAGGCAGGGACUCCAGGUCAUGAAGGCGACGCACGCAGUGGGGAGGUUCGGAAGCUCGCCGUCGCCUCCGCGCAGAGGCAGAGAUUGUCGUUGUGUUGCUUUAAGCCAUCUACGGGCGCAGUCAGCCGUCAGGGCGUCUUCCCCUCUCACGUCGGUGUGUGCCCGCCGUCUGAGACGGCAGGCGAAGCGGCGCGCACAUCCAGGUCCCCAGUUGCCUCUGUCGUGGAAAAGAAACGGUCCCGCGCCGAAAACACAGAGAGUCCUGGCGAAGCAGUCGGCAGCGCUGCGGCCGUCUGCAUCCGUGAUCUGAAGACAAGGAACAUGGAUGAGGCACAUCCUUGUGUGGCGGAGACGAGAUUGGUGUCCUCGAAUCUCACGGAAAGAGGACCCGGGAAUGCUUCUCUUGGGGAUAAUGCGCUUCGUCCAGAUACUCUUUGGAUUGCCGCGGUUUCUGUACCAACGCUGUUGAAGGUUUUCGACACGAUUGCGGGACCUGACGAAGCCGACCUCGUGACGCAGUGGCGAGACCAGGCAAACCGAAACCGGGGAAGCAGCGAAGACCCAGCGUCGGAGAGCAAAGGCUCCCAGAGAAGCGCGCCGGAGAUUCCUUCAACUGACACCUAUGCGGAACGCCCCGCCAGCGACUUGUCGGUAGCGUCAGCGUGGCGGAAGGUCAUGUGUGCCGUGAACGACGCACCACUGGCUGGAGGCCGCACGAUGCCUCGUGUCGUUUUGUUGGAAGCCGACGACCGAAUGGAGAACGGGGAACGCGCGGAUGCCAACCAGGCUGGUUUCCGUCAAAAAGGAAGGCAGGAGGCUCCGCGACGUGCACCUGAGGACAGCGAUCUGCCCAAGAGACGCGAUUCCCUGCCGGACAGCACCGCAGAAAACACGCGAGUCACCGGGGCCUCUGCCCCAGACAGUUACAUACAGCGGAUGCACAGGAAACUAGAGAGAAAAUGCGAGGUGCCGGUCGUCAGUCUGCAUGUUUCAGAGAGAAUGCGGAUCAGACUGGAGCAAAUGCAGGCUGCUAUCCAGGUCAUCGCUGCUUCCGAGUCAGUGACGAAUCUCGCCCGCUUCGACGGCAUGAGAGAUGCCGAAGAAGAGAACCUGGACGAGGCUUCACGCCCCUACUGGGUUUCUGUGUUGCGUCGACGGUCGCAAGGCUUUACCGACGAGGCAAAGGAAUGCAUGCUGGCCGGUGCCUACGCUCUUUCGCAGUUCGCAACCACAAAACUGCUGGAUCAGGCGCUAGCUGUCCGCACAGCACUAGCAGAGACUCUUUCCCGAAUAAUAGACGAGUCUGAGAUUCUCGUCUGGGUUUCGCCUGCCAAGCAGGUUCCUGAAGAAUUCCGGGAGUCUUCAAAACCUGCGGCCCCAGUGGCGAACGCAACGGAGGCCAUUGGCAGGUCCGAGACUCCAGCGUCAAACCAGGCGGCCGACGCUUACCUCGGCGAGAGGUGGAUGCACAAUGCUGCAGAACUUCUGGGCCUACCUUUGCUUCAGCUCCAAAAUGGCGUUACGCUGUUAGGGCGCGCUGGAACUGACCGAGGCCUGCUUGAGAAAGUAACUCUUGAGUUGCAUGACGCCGUUGAGCGAUGUGGCGGAGGCGGCGUUCCGUUUCAGCAGCAGGCUCCCAUGCGCGGUAAGAACUUCUGGGACAGACGGUGGAAAUGGCGAGUUCCCAGAAUCUUUCUUUUGGGUGUGGACUGCCACGAGCCCGGACGUGCGUCGACGCCUUUCUGGGCUUCCCAGAUGCUUUGCUUAUGCGGGGAUGUGCUUCGUUUACGUCUGUUUCCUUGGUUCAAGGAGCUUUGA